UGUAGGUUUUGCAUCACUUGCAGCCUGCUCCUCAGCAAUCACCACGGCGGGGGAAAUCAGACCCAUCGUGUGCAGGGUGGUUAUCUACCUACAGCGGGACAUGUCAGGAGAGAGCUGCCUGCACCAGCUUCAACCGCAAACCGGGCCCGUUGUGUCAGUCUCUUCAGUGGCCUGCCCCAAGACUAACACCUGCACUUACCGCGGUGUCACCAGCAACAAGUAUGUGCAGCUCAAUGUUGGUGGCAAUCUUUACCAUUCCACACUGCAAGUGCUCACCCGACAGGACACCCUCCUGAGAUCCAUGUUCAGUGGCAAGAUGGAGGUGCUCACUGAUAAGGAAGGUUGGAUUCUAAUAGAUCGCUGUGGGAAACACUUUGGUUCGAUUCUCAGCUAUCUCCGUGAUGGAUUUGUGACCUUGCCCAAGAGCAGACAGGGCAUCAUGGAGCUCUUAGCAGAAGCCAAGUAUUACCAGAUCCAGGGGUUGAUAGACUUGUGCCAGAGAGCCCUGCAGGAUAAUGAAGAAAAGGCUUUGUGUGUUAUCCCGGUCAUAACAUCUCUUAAAGAGGAGGAGAGACUGAUACAAGGCUGCGUAAGGCCUGCUGUAAAACUGCUUUACAACCGAGGUAACAACAAAUAUUCCUAUACAAGCAACUCGGAUGACAACCUACUCAAGAAUAUCGAGUUGUUUGAGAAGCUGUCUCUGAGCUACAGCAGUCGUGUGCUCUUCAUUAAAGAUGUCAUUGGAGAUGAGAUCUGCUGCUGGUCCUUUUACGGACAGAGGCGCAAGCUAGCAGAAGUCUGCUGCACAUCCAUUGUUUAUGCAACUGAGAAGAAGCAGACAAAGGUUGAGUUUCCAGAAGCACGGAUCUACGAGGAGACGCUAAAUGCCCUGCUGUAUGAGACUCUCCCAGUCCCAGAUAACUCUCUGUUGGAGGCCACCCGCAGACGGAACAAUUGUUGCUCACACAGUGAAGAGGAGGAAGCCGUGGAGCUGAGGGAGCGUGUGCGGCGCAUCCACAUUAAAAGAUACAGCACUUAUGAUGACAGACCACUUGGACAUUAGCCUA